ACCGGACGUGACGUCCCAAGCCUGAGCGCUGCGGCCUUCGACACGGAGUCCUCCAGGUCGGCGAAUGCCAGCGAUGGAGGAUUCGGAGACCAGGAGCGCCAACCGCAGACCUCCCGACGUGCCGGAGCCGCGGGCGCCCACGCACCACUGGUCUUUGGACGCGGAAGCGGCAGGCCCUGUCUGCGUCGGGCAGGCGCAGUUCACGUGCUCCAACUGCGGGCGGGGCUUCAGGCGGGCGGCCGGACUAACCAGGCACCUGUGCGGCCACACCGCCGACCGGCCGUGGAAGUGUGGGGACUGUGGGAAGGGGUUCAGCUACCCGUCGCGGCUGGAGACGCACCGGCGGGGCCACACCGGUGAGCGGCCGUACACCUGCCCGGUGUGCGGACGGGGGUUCAUUUACUCGUCCCACCUCAUCAGGCACCAGCGGGUGCACGCCGCAGAGAGACAGUUCACCUGCUCCUUGUGCAGGAGGGGAUUUACCAACCUCUCCAGCCUUUUGACCCACCAGAAGGAGCACACCGGGGAGAGCCCGUUCACCUGCUCGGAGUGCGGGAAGGGCUUCACCUGCCCGUCGCACCUGCGCAGGCAUCAGCGGCUUCACACCCAGGAGAGGCAGUUCAUCUGCUCCUUGUGUGGGAAGGGAUGCAGCCACUUCUCCAGCCUGCUGAGACACCAGCGCGACCACGCCGGGGAGAGGCCCUUCACCUGCUCCCAGUGCGGGAAGGGAUUCACCCGCUCGUCCAGCCUUCUCGUGCACCAGCGGGUCCACACCGGGGAGAGGCCGUACGCCUGCUCCGUGUGCGGAAAGGGGUUCACAUGCUCGUCCUAUCUGCUGGCGCACCGGCGGGAGCACAGCGGGGAGCGGCCCUUCAGCUGCUCCGAGUGUGGCCGGGGAUUCGCCUGCUCCUCCAGCCUCCUCAUACACCGGCGGGUGCACACCGGCGAGCGGCCCUUCGCCUGCUCCGAGUGCGGGAAGGGAUUCGUCCAUUCGUCCAGCCUGCUCGCGCACCUGCGGGUCCACACCGGGGAGAAACCUUUCGUCUGUGCUGUCUGCAUAAAGGGCUUCGGAAGUUUGUCCAGUCUCUGGAUUCACCAACAGAUCCACAAGUGACCGCAGGAUUUGCAUCGCUGCGGUUUGUCAGACCUAGGGACAGUUUCACAUGCUUUUUAUGUUGGAAACCUCAAAAUCUGUAACAAAUCAGAAGGAAUGGAUGUUCAGUUAUAUUUGUUAAUAUUUAAGUUCAAUCAUAGCACAACCCUCCACAUCUUCAAAGGGCAGCAUCCAUAUUUGACCCUCAGUCUGGAAGUUGCCCCCUUCUCACUGCUAUCAUCAGGGAAUACAUGCAGGAACUUGAAGAUGCAUAAUCAAUGUUUAAGAACAGCUUCUUCCCUGUCAUCAGAUUUCUGAACGGCCGUGAACCUACGUUAUUUUGCUCUGUUUGUUUAUUUAUUUAGUGCAGCUUAUGGUAAUGUUUAAACUGCAGCCAAUCGCUGAACGGGAGCAUGAGAAGAAGAGGUGACUUCACACAGGUCCGCGACUGAAGACGAAAAAGGCAGCGACUCGCAGCAGUUUUCGGAGUUCGAACUGCGGCCGAUCAGUGAAUGGGAUUUAUUAGCAAGAGUAAAUAAAAAUAAGCCAGGGAGGCGGAGCGGCCAUUGUGUGAGUGGGCCGGUGUUAGAGUGGGGAGGCUAUGGCUCAUCAGGCUUCGGUGAAGUAAGUAUCCGCCACGGGGAGAAUAAGCAAACUGGACGCCGUCUGCCCCGGAGGCCGGGAGUCGCCGCUGCGGUAUUUCAGGUGCUCGGCUCCUGAGGUGUUGACCUGAUGCGGACAGGGGUGAUGAUUUGCCCUGAUUGGGGACCCAUGGCCUCAGAAGAACGAGAUGAAAUUAUGCCACGUUUUAACUAUAUUUUGAGACACUGACCUGUAAGAGUGAAAUAGGUACUGCGGCAUCAUCAAAGCCCUCCCGAAUCAGAAUCGGCUCAUUAUCGCCCACUCGUCACGGACCGUGUUCUGGCAGUAGUACAGAGCAAGACUUUUAAAAAAAAUUACUGUGUUACACCAAACGUACAUCGUGAUCAGGAACUCUUAGUGCAUUCAGGAUUGGAGUUCCGUGUGGGGAGGAGUCACGAGGGCCCGUGCCCCCCACCCCCAGCAGGACUGCAGUUCCAGGCCUUUGGUUUGGGGUCUUCAUCCACAGGGCCCUUAUUCGUCGUCAGUCUGAGAGUCCUGGGGCCGAGCGGAAGCCGAAGUGCGGGUCUGUGAACCCGCAGGGGAAGGCGGAGAGGGAUGUCCGCUGGGGGCUGAGGACUGUUUAUGUGCGAGCGUGGGGUGGAAGGGAGACCGGGGGGAGGGAGUGCGGGUUAUUGCGCCCUGUGUCGUUCUGUUGGGCAACGUUGGCGCCGGGAUAGAUUGCAUUGGCCGUUAACGCGUUUCACUUCAAUACUUUCCUGUACACGUGCUAAAUAAAUGAAACUGAAAUCUCAUGGCGGAGUAGCAGGACCUGUUCC